UUCGUCCCUAGGCUCCAGUUGCCGUGCCUCUAUCCGCUUACUUUCCUCGUGCUUCUCUUCUCCUGCCAUGGCUAUAAUCUUGGGCUCCCUGUCCCCAACAACACUGCUAUCCCCGAGGAAUACAACGUCGUUCCAACUCCCCCUUUUUUGUUCCUCCAUCUCCUGGGGUUUGCUUCAUGACUUCUCGUCUCACUCCCUCCAUUCCUCUCGGUUCUGCUGCUGCUCCGUUUCUCCCAAACCCCAAUCGACCAAAGCUCUUGCAGUUCCAAGGAGGAAAGCAAUGUUUUUGACCUUAUCAAGUUAUGUUAUCUCAGAAGUUGCUUUGCAUGGCAUGGCUGUGGCUCAAGCUCAGCAAUCUGUUGUGUUCAGAGAAUAUGUGGACACAUUUGAUGGUUAUUCAUUCAAGUAUCCCGGGAACUGGAUCCAAGUCCGAGGUGCUGGGGCUGACAUAUUCUUCCGAGACCCUUAUGUUCUGGAUGAAAAUAUGUCAGUUGAAGUGUCCUCGCCUUCAUCUUCCAGAUAUAAGAGUGUUGAAGAUUUGGGUCCUCCCGAGGAAGCAGGAAAGAAAGUACUCAAGCAGUAUUUGACUGAGUUCAUGUCUACAAGACUUGGUGUAAGACGCGAAUCAAAUAUUCUAAGCACAUCUUCAAGAGUUGCUGAUGAUGGCAAGCUAUACUACGAAGUCGAGGUAAACAUAAAGUCAUACGCUAACAACAAUGAACUGGCUGUGAUGCCACAAGACCGAGUGGUACGUCUGGAAUGGGACCGGAGGUACCUAUCUGUUCUUGGAGUUGAAAACAACCAGUUAUACGAGCUGCGAUUGCAGGCACCUGAAAAUGUAUUUUUACAAGAGGAAAGUGAUCUUCGUCAAGUAAUGGGAUCAUUUCGAGUGAACAAGGUAGCUGCUUAGAUAUUCUGAGAUCUUCCACAAUCUUGUUUCUUUAUUCUUUCUUUGUUCUAAUGAUCAUCUUCAGUCACUUGUGUUUAUUGAAGUUAUUUCAUUUAUGGCAUCGAAAAGUCUUACACGAGUACUUUGACUGUCGUUAUUAUUCUA